CAAACGGUUAUCCUUAUAGAAAUGAAUAUCUCCUGCAAGAGCCUAAAUCCUUUCUAUAUAUAUUCCAUAGCAUUUUCAUCCUCCACACUUCUUCAUAAUCCUUCUCUUCAAACCUUAAACACUUCCCAAUUCUGACUUACCUUCACUUUCCACUCACUUGAAAAGUAAUGGCAGAUGCAAUUCUCUCCGGCAUUGUUGUGGAAAUCAUUAAGAAGCUGGGUUCUCGAGUUCUUCAAGAGACUAGGCUCUGGUGGGGUGUCAAAGAGGAGCUUGAGAAACUCAGGAGGACAGUUUCAACCAUCCAAGCUGUGCUUCUUGAUGCAGAGCAGCAGUACUCGCAGAAGCAUCAAAUCAAAGAUUGGGUUGACUCGCUAAAAGAUGCUUUUUACGAUGCUGAUGACUUACUAGAUGAGUUCUCCACAGAUGUUUUAGUGAAGCGGAUGAUGACUGGCAAUAAAAUGGUGAAGGAGGUACGCCUCUUCUUUUCAAGCUCAAACCCAUUUGUUUAUGGUCUUAAAAUGGCUCAUAAGAUUGGAAAAGUUAGAAGUAAAUUAGAUGAGACUGUUGCAAAUAGGAAGUUUCACUUAGAUGAGAUCACAGCUCCUAUGGUUGAGGAAAGAGAGCAAACUCACUCAUCUUUGCCUCUUGUAGUUGUUGGUAGAGAAGAUGAUAAGAAGAAAAUCAUUGAUUUUCUUCUGUCUUCUAGUUAUGGGGAGAAUGUGUCAAUCAUUUCCAUUGUUGGUGUUGGAGGAUUAGGAAAGACAACACUUGCUCAACUUGCAUACAAUGAUGUGAGGGUGAAAUCAUAUUUUGAGCUCAAAAUGUGGGUGUGUAUUUCUGAAAAUUUUGAUGUAAAAAUAGUUGUUGAAAAGAUUUUGGAGUCUCUUGAUGGUGAGAAGCCUAAAACUCUUGAAAUGAAUACCUUGAAAGAUCUACUUUGGGAGAAAAUUAAUGAAAAAAAAUAUUUGCUUGUUUUGGAUGAUUUAUGGAAUGAGGAUUCCAAAAAAUGGUUUGACUUGAAAGAUUUGUUAGCCAGAGGUGCAUGUGGAAGUAAAAUACUAGUGACUACGCGUCUUGAAAAUGUUGCAAAGAUGAUAAGAUCAGAUGAAACAAGUAAAUUACAAGGCCUAUGUGAUGCUGAGUCAUGGUUGUUGUUUAGAAAAAUGGCUUUCAAGGAAGAGCAAGUAACAAGCGCAAAGCAUGAGAUAAUUGGAAGAGAAAUUGUGACAAAAUGUGUUGGAGUCCCUUUAGCCAUUCGAGCAAUAGGAAGUUUAUUGUAUUAUAAAAAUGCAAUAAAUGAGUGGGAAUCGUUCAAAGAAAAAGAGUUUUUAUAUUUGAAUGAAGGGGAGAUUAAUAUUAUGAAAACUCUUAGGUUGAGUUAUGAUCAUCUCCCUUCUCAUUUAAAGUGUUGUUUUGCCUAUUGUCGAUUAUUUCCAAAAGGUUCAAAAAUUGACAUAGUAUAUUUGAUGAAUCUUUGGAUGGCACAAGGAUUGAUUAAAUUAUCAUAUUCAAAACAAAGUUUCAGAGAUGUAGGCUUAAAAUAUUUCAAAGAUCUUUUAUGGAGGUCUUUCUUUCAAGAUGUAGAAGAAGAUAUAUUGGGUAAUUUAAGGAGUUGUAGAAUGCAUGAUUUGAUGCAUGAUCUUGUCGUGCAAGUAGCAGGAGAUGAGAACAUUUUAUUAAAUUCAGAUGCAGAACUUGUUGAAGAAGGAAUUCGACAUGUGUCAUUUGAUUUUAAAGUUGAGUAAUGGCAAAAAGUGGCAAGUUGCUUACCUAUUGUGACAAAGGUGCGAACAUUUACAUCAUUCAAUUGGUCAAAAAUGCAUGAUAUUAAAGAAGUAGAAUGUCAUGAAAUUUUUUCCAAAUUAAGUCGUGUAAGGUUAUUGAAUUUAUGUGAUUUGGGGAUUGAAAAAGUGCCACAUUCCAUUGAUAAAUUAAAGCACAUAAGAUUUCUCGAUCUUUCUGAAAAUAAAGGCAUUGAGUUCCUUCCUGAUUCCAUAAUUAAACUUCAAAACUUGCAAAUUCUACGCCUAGUCAACUGUGAAAGGCUUAAACAGUUGCCAAAGCAUAUCAAAAAGUUGGUCAAUCUCCAGCGACUUUUCCUUAAGGGAUGUGUUAGUUUGACUCAUAUGCCACAUGGGAUUGGUCAACUGACUUCUAUUGAGGAUUUAUCACUAUUCAUGGUAGACAAAGAUAACGGUGUCUCCAAACAUGGCGGUGCCCUUAGUGAAUUGAGUAACUUGAACAAUCUGAGACAUAUGCUACGGAUCAUGAAUCUACGGUAUGUGAAAAAUCCAGCAUCUGAAUUUAAGGCAGCCAAUUUGAAAGAGAAGCAACACCUUCAAGCCUUGACAUUAUCAUGGAAAUUGGGCGAUCCCUAUGAUAAUAAUAGUGAUAAUGGUCCAGAUGAUGUUGUAAAUGAUGAAGAAAUGUCAUUAGAAGAGCUGCGGCCACACCUUAAUCUAAAAUGGUUGAUGGUGUUUGGGUGCGGAAGACUCAUGUUUCCAAGCUGGGUUUCUUCCCUCACUAAUUUGGUGGUACUUCGAAUUGAUAACUGCAAAAAAUGCCAGCAUUUUCCACCGUUGGAUCAGUUCCCUUCACUUAAACAUUUGACGAUUGAGAAUUUAACUGAUCUGGAGUACAUAGAGAGUGGGAUUAAUUGCGACAAUGCAUUAUUCUUCCCUUCCUUAGAGAGACUCUGGCUCUUAAAUUGCCCAAAUCUGAAGGGAUGGAGGAGAGAUGCAUCCACGCCUCAGUUGCUACAAUUUCACUGUCUUGAUUAUUUGGAUAUCAGGUCUUGCCCUAACCUCACUUCAAUGCCUCUCAUUCCAUCUGUCCAAAAAUUGGUUGCUAGCAAGAAGUCAUUGGAGGACAUACUGAAGAUGAAGAUUUCGGUGUCACAAUCUACCUCUUCUUGUUCUUCGAUUUCCCAUUCUCAAUUGAAAAUUCUGAAUAUCGAGAAUAUUAAGGAUCUAGAAGUUCUGCCAGAGGAGUUGCUUACAAAUCCCAUAUCACUCCAACGUCUUUAUAUUCGGUAUUGUCCACGAAUAACAAAGGUGUCUUCUGCUUUGCGGCAUCUAACCUCCCUCGAGCAUCUUGUCUUCUUGGCUUGUGAGGAGCUUGAUUUAUCUGAUUCAGAGGAUCAUAGUGAUAUGCCGUGGCAAUACCUUAGAAGCCUCCAGGGGCUUCAAUUGAUAAAUUUGAACAAAUUGGCGUCCCUCCCAAAGGGACUUCAACAUGUUCCCACUCUGCGCAGACUCCUAAUCGAAAGUUGUCCUAAUUUGAUAUCUUUACCGGAGUGGAUAGGAAGCCUUACCGCAUUACAAGCUUUUGGGAUUCAUGAAUGUCCUCAACUGUCAGAAAGAUGCAAAAGCAAAAUGGGUGCUGAUUGGCCCAAGAUUGCUCACGUACCAAAUAUUGAUAUUGAGAGAGGAUGGAUUCAAGUGGAUGGCAUAUACAAACUAUAAUCAGAAGAAUCAGACUUUUCUUGGGGUUGGCAUCUUGGUCACAAUGUGUUCUGUGAAUUUAUACUAUUGGGCAGUACUAAAUCAAACAUGGUUUGCGAUCAAUCAAAUGAAUGGAGGAACUUUGGCUACUGUUUAUCCUUUUAAUGGUAGUUUGAGGCUGUUCUGCUGAUAUUGCGACUCAGUAGAUUGAAGCAUUCCCAUGUAAUUUUAAGUGAGCUAUGGAAUUUCAAAUACGCAUUCUGCAAAUAUGGUCUUCAAUUUCAGAGUUUGGAAAUUGAUAAUGGUUCUAUCUUGUUGAAAGAAGCCAGAAAAGAGCAAUUGUGAAUUGGCCUUGCAAUUAUUAGAGAACACAAGGGAUAGCCCAAGAAUGCUCACCUCCCAGAGGUUGUAUUUGGCAUAAAAAGAAAAGAUCCUACAGUUCACUGCUUUACAGUUACAUGAAAGCAAAUCUUAUCUCUUGUGUAUGGUUCUGUUUUGGAGAUUUUGAAGCCCGGAAUGCAUAAUUUUCCCCCUCUUGAACUGGUUGGCAUUUUAAGUGGCAAUAUGUUGCAAAGAAAUUGAAGCAUUCCCAUAUAAGCUUGUGUGAGCUUUGGAGUGUCAAAUGAGCAUUCUGCAACCCUUGCUUCUUCACUUUUAGACUUUGGAAAUUGAUGAUGGUUGGUUCUGUCUUUUUGAAAGAUGCCAGAGACGAGCAAUUGUGGAUUGGCCUCUCAUGUGCCACAUGAAAAUUAAGGGGCCAAUGCCUAUCCGGUGGACAACUGAUCAUCUAACUUAUCUGCAAUCAUCUGCUAAAGGCCUGAAGUGAACAUCUGAUUCAAGCAAAUUUAAUAGUCAUAAUCAGGAAAGGUUCAAUGAUGCUGACUAGCAGAGACCUGCUCAAUUGAUUUAUAUAUAUGGACUUGCAAUUUAAUAUUGCACAAGAAAUUGCAGUUUUUUAUUGCAAUUUAAUAUCACAGCAAGAUGUUUCAGAACUAGUUUGAAUUUAGUUCUAGCAACUUAAAAUUAUGGAGAAAUCAACUAUGAUCUUUGAAGGCACAAAAUUGUUUGGAACUUUUGUCACCAAAUGCAUGUUUUGAGUGAGAUCCAAAGUGUUUGGGACUUAAGGUUGUUGAAGAUCAAAUCUAAUAAGAUUAAGAUUUUAUGUUGGCAUCUCAGUCAUAAUGUGUUCUGUGAAUUUAUACUAUUCGGCAAUAUUAACCCCAAAAUGGUUUGUGAACAAUGCAGCGAAUGGUGGAAUUUGAGCUCGUAUUUAUCCUUUUAAUUCUUAGUUUCAGGCUGUUUUCCUGAUAUUGUGAAUCAGUAGAUUGAAGCAUUUCCAUGUAUUUUUAAUUGAGCUAUGGAAUUUCGAAUAAGCAUUCUGCAACUAUUGUAUUCAAUUUCAGAGUUUGGAAACUGAUAAUGGUUCUGUCCUGUUGAAAGAUGCCAGAGAAGAGUAGCUAUGAAUUGGUAUCUCUUGUGCAAGAAAGUGUUUGUUUUGUCUGGCGCAUUGUGCAAAAUUUUCAGUCUUUAUGGACCCAAUUUCAGUUUAGACUUCAAAGGAAAACUUGUGGGCACAACAAUCAUGCAAAACUACAUGUGCCUGUCUCUAAAUGUAAUCUCCUUGUUCAUUGUGAAUUUGAUGUCAUUACCUCAAUGGAUGCCCAAACUCACCUCAAAGCAGUUGUUUAUAGAUGUUGAUGUUGACAAUUGGAUGGGAAUCAUUGUGAUGAAGGUCAUUUUCAUCUAUCAACUCUCUUCACCUCAUACCUUUAGAAACUGCUGAUUGCAAGGAUUUUCAUAUGUACAAUAAUGAAUGGCUGUGGAUGAACUUCAACUUGGCGCCACAUUUAACAACUUGGGACUGUAGAAUUUCUUCAUUGAUGGCUUCUUCAGAUAAGGAACAACUUCCAUUUUUCUCCAACAAGUUAAGAGGAGAUAAUUGGGUGAAUUAUGCUCCUGUGGAAAAUGAUUUCUAACUGAAAACACUUAAAAUUGGGAUCAGUCCUACUGACUACUUAAGGAGACAACUUUGAAACAAACUUGUUGCCUCUGAAACCAGCUUUCUUCUUGUAUGUCACUCACAAGUGAAACUAUUCAAUUUAUUGUUGCACUGAUUAUAUUCUUCUGUGAGUGUUAUUUAUAAAUUUCUUUUUCAUAUGAAAUAAGGUUAGCGUGUGUCCACAUUUGUAUGUAGUGAAAGAAAAGCACAUCCAUCAAUCAUAGCAGUUCUUGCACAUGCAAGUAGUUGUAAAAUUCCAUCUCUUGUAAGGCAAGUGAAUCCUGUUCUCUUUAAA